AAGCUGUCACAAAAAAUGAAAGAAGUUAUUAAAAUAAUAAAAGAAAAGAAAGUAAGAUUUUGCACUUCGUCUUCCUACUCACUCGUCAAACUCUUCACGCUUCCUCUGCUUUUCGUUUCUGGCUUGCAGUUGAAACACUCUCUUCUCGCAUCACGUGAUUCUUCUUCUGGUAUGGAUAAUGCUGCAGGUCAAAUUCUCUAUCCUUUGCACCGAUGCAAAACUGUUCACCUGGUUAGACAUGCUCAGGGAGUUCAUAAUGUUGCAGGAGAGAAGAACCAUGAUGAAUACAUGUCUUACGAUUAUUUUGAUGCACACCUAACCCCUCUCGGUUGGAACCAGGUUGAUAAUCUGCGAAAACAUGUAAAGGCAACUGGACUUUCGAAAACUGUCGAACUUGUUGUGGUUUCCCCAUUGUUAAGGACCAUGCAAACAGCAGUUGGAGUCUUUGGUGGUGAAGUAUACACUGAUGGGAUUAGUGAACAACCUCUUAUGGUGGAAAAUGUCGGACAGAGUGAUCAUCUUGCAGUUUCUAGUCUGAACUGCCCUCCAUUUAUAGCGGUGGAGCUUUGCCGAGAGCAAAUAGGAGUUCAUCCUUGUGAUAAGAGAAGAGCCAUCAGCGAGUACCGGAAUAUGUUUCCAGCAAUUGAUUUUUCACUUAUUGAGAGUGAGGAAGACAUUUUGUGGAAACCCGACGUCAGAGAGAAGGUAGAAGCAGUUUCGGCUAGGGGCCUGAAGUUUUUGGAAUGGUUGUGGACACGUAACGAGAAGGAGAUAGCAGUUGUUACCCACAGCAGUUUUCUGUUUAAUACCCUUCGUGCUUUUGGAAAAGAUUGUCACCCGAAUAUAAAGAGUGAAAUAUGCAAACACUUUACAAAUUGUGAGCUGCGUUCAAUGGUCAUCAUUGAUAGAGGUAUGAUUGGAUCAAGUGAAUCAACUACUAACUAUCCUGGCAAGAUUCCUCGUGGCCCUGAUGUUCCCAGUGAAGCUGCAGACUAGAAACAUUCUGGGAUUAGGCGGAACAAACCUAGCUCCUAUUUGUCAUCAUUAGUCCUCUACUGGAAUUUUCAUUAGUAUAAUAUGAUUCCUUCUUACUUGCAUUUACUAGCAAGGAUUCAAUUUUUUGUUUCACCGGAACAAACUCAAUCAUAGGAUCAUUUUCAAAAUUCCUUUUUCGGGGCAUUGUUAUUGUUUUGUUUUUAAUGUACGAAUCAAGUGACAUUAUUCAAGGGAUUGAUUGCUAGAUUCUUAGAUGACUAAGAUGAAGGUAUUAACUUGGUUUAGUAUUAUGGAACAUAAGAAAGUAUGUGUAUCCUUAUUUGUAUGAACAAGACGUGCAGAUUAUUUGUGUGUACACUUGAUCAUAUUUGAGAGUUAUAACCAUUGUAUUCGAUGUUUAAUCAA